AUGUCACUGAAGGUGCAGACGAGCAACAUCACGAACAAGAAUGACCCCAAGUCCAUCAACUCCAGAGUCUUCAUUGGCAAUCUCAACACAGCCGUGGUCAAGAAGUCAGACGUGGAGACCAUCUUCUCCAAGUAUGGCCGGGUGGUGGGCUGCUCAGUGCACAAGGGCUAUGCCUUUGUGCAGUACUCCAACGAGCGGCACGCGCGGGCGGCCGUGCUGGGUGAGAACGGGCGAGUGCUCGCUGGCCAGACCCUGGAUAUCAACAUGGCAGGGGAACCUAAACCAAACAGACCUAAAGGGCUGAAGAGAGCAGCCUCCACCUUGUACAGUGGCUACGACUUCGACUAUGACUAUUACAGGGACGACUUCUACGACAGGCUCUUCGAGUACCGGGGCCGUGUCUCCCCGGUGCCCAGGGUGGUGCCAGUGAAGAGGCCCCGUGUCACCAUCCCCCUGGUCCGGCGUGUCAAGGCUGCACUCCCGGUCAAGCUCUUCGCCCGCUCGGCCGCCAUCGCCAACAGCUCGGCCAGGCUGAAGCUGAAGUGCAGCGAGCUGCAGACAAUCAAAACUGAGCUGACACAGAUCAAAUCCAACAUUGAUGCUCUCCUGGGCCGACUGGAGCAGAUUGCUGAGGAGCAGAGGCUGUCCACAGAGGCUCGGAAGAAGGCGGAUGGCAGCAAAAGUGAAGUGUCACAAGAAGACACAGCAUCAGAGGCAGAGGCCAACACGGAGGAGCCGCUCAACGGGGACGAGGGGGAGGAGGAAGGGCUGGCGCGGGACGAGUGCGAAGAUGAACUGGAGAACAGCCAUUACACAGAUGUGGAGGAUGCCAGACUACAGUAACCAGCCCCUUCAGACCAGCAGUGAGCACCAGUGUGAGGAAAGCACGAGGCUAAACCCUGUCCUGGCACGUUGAGCAAGACAAGCCGAACCCAAGUGCUGCUGUCACCUCUACCUGGCAUUCGAAGGAGCAACAUGGCCCAACAUCUUCCAUCCAUCUGUAAAGCAAAGACAAAGAUAAACUCAUCAUCCCAGUGAACCCCCUCUACCCCGUGGAAUGGAUUCA